AUGUCAUCUCAAGAUAUUAUGUCACUGCGAAACUCGAAAGAGAAUCCACCGCCAGAGGAUGAGUACAAAUCGGAUCAUCACGAGUAUGAUAGGGGUCGCUUGAGUGCAGUCGAAGCUGCGAGAAGCAAGGGAUCUGAAGAUGCAGUACCUUACUCUAGAUUUCAAAGGCCAGAGAAAUUCAUGCUGGUAGUGCAGUGUGCGUUUACGGGAUUCUUUUCGACGAUAGCCGGAGCGAUAUAUUAUCCAGUUCUAACCGUCAUUGAGCAUAAGUUUAAUGUCAGUGAAGAGCAGGUCAACAUAACGGUUGUCGUUUACUACAUAUUUCAAGGGCUGUCGCCGACGUUGAUGGGAGGCUUCGCCGACCAUUUGGGCAGGAGACCGAUUGUGAACUUAUCGAUACUUCUUUACUGUGCAGCCUGUAUCGGAUUAGCCUGUUCGAACACAUAUGCGCAGAUUGUUGGGCUGAGAUGUCUACAGGCAGCAGGCAUAUCGCCUGUCAUCGCUAUAAACAGCGGUAUUGUUGGAGAUGUCACUACACGGAAAGAGAGAGGCGGUUACGUGGGAUAUAUAUCGGGGUUUCAAGUGGUUGGCACUGCGUUUGGCGCCUUGAUUGGUGCCGGAUUAUCUUCGAGAUGGGGCUGGAGAUCCAUCUUUUGGUUCUUGGCCAUCGGGUCCGGAAUCUGUCUUCUGUUUUCACUAUUUCUUUUACCUGAAACGAAACGAACGAUAGCUGGUAACGGAUCUGUGACGCCAAAGUCCCCGCUCAAUUGGUCGCCGGUGCUGCGGCUUCCUAUAGUCAGGAGAAGACUUCAUCUGGAUGAUCCCGAUCUGGAUACGGUGGCACCAGCUUCUAAGCUGAACUUGUUAGCGCCAUUCUCAAUCAUUAAAAUACCGGAAAUAAGUUUAGUUCUUCUAGUGGCCGGGCUACAGUUUUCGACGUGGACAACUCAUCAGACGGCAUUAACCACGUCUUUGAGUAAAGAUUAUCAUUUAUCUGUCGCCAAAAUUGGGUUAUGCUUUCUGCCUUCAGGUAUUUGCACAUUGAUUAGUAUAGUAAGUUCCGGACGGUACCUGAACUAUAACUACAGGCGGAAAAUGAUCCAACACAGGGCUUGGGUUGCUCAGCGAGAACAAGCAUUGCUCAAAGAACAUGAAGGCGAUGAACUUUUGGUCAAGCAGAUCAUUGAAAGCGAUUAUCACUACACUUUUAAUAUUUUUCGGGCGCGAAUGCAGCCUGCUUUGUUCACUGUCAUGCUGAGCAGUAUGGGGUUCAUAUCCUUUGGCUGGUGCAUUAGCGUCAAAGCACCACUAGCCGCGGUACUCUGUACCAGUGGAUUUGCGUCGCUUUUCUCUAACUGCAUCUUGGCCAUGUCUGUCACCUUGAUCGUGGAUCUGUUCCCGUCUAGGGCCUCCACAGCAACAGGCUGCUUGAACCUGUUCAGAUGUGCACUUUCAGCCAUUUUCAUUGCCUGCUUGACCAAGAUGACCCAACAUAUGAAAUCAGGCGGGGUGUUCACGUUUCUGGGUUCGAUAACUCUCCUUUCGACAGGUUUCCUUGUGGUUGUAAUGGCCCAUGGCAAGAAACUAAGUUACAGGAGACGUCAGCAGGAAAGGAAAGGUCAAAUAUAA